CCGCGUCAGCCAAGGCAGCCACUCGCCGCGCUGCAUCGCGUUGGUAGCACGUGAGUAGGGAAGUUUUGUUGUUCGCCGUUCCCCAGCCGUAAACCGCAUAUUUAGAACUGUAAUUUAUCCCGUGUUCAUUCACAAAUAACACACAAACCUGUGAAUAAAAACUAUUUGUGCCCAUUACCAGUGAACUGAAGGAACUGUGUGUUACAAAACAGUGUCUAUAAACGUAAUCUCUUCUAAGCAUCUCUGCGAGCCGGCCCUCUCGUCGCGUGCCAGCUUUGGACAAUUACAUCGCUUAUAUUUUGGUAAAAGAUAUGCGUGAAAUGGACCGCAAUUUGGAAUAGUGCGCCAAACUAAAGUGUUGUGCAGAACGAUAUGAUGUGAACAGUUGUUAUUGGUGUGUGAUAAUGCCGUCCGACAGCGGGUCAGCGUGGUCGCCGCCAGCCUCCAACAGCGAGAGGCGGUUGAGCAACUCUUCUGAUGGCAGCGCUGGCAGCGGCUAUUCUAAAGCCACAACAGAUAGCGCGGACUUUUUGGCAACGCGUCCUCACACAGCCGCCGUGCUGCCGGGCAAACCGGCAGGCAACCCACUACAGUUCGUGCGCGUUGGGCCUGCCGACCUGGGCAGCCGCGCUCGCGAGCAACUACGCCGCGCCGAACUCGCCAAACGCACCGAACCAUCCAGGAUCGAACGCCAAGAGGACUGGCAGUCGAAUCUGGACAAUUGGAAAUCUUCGCGACGAAAGAGGGUGGAGCACAUAAUAGAGCGGUGUGUGGAGGUGCGCCGCAUGGAGCACGAGACUGGCCAACCGCGUACGAAGUCCAAGACCUUCAACGAAAUGCUUGAGGAGAGAGCCGGCCGUAGAAGGCGGAACCCGCUGGCCCUGUACACUGAAGAUGACGGUCACGAUCUCAGUGAUUUGGGUAUUGGCACCUCCAGCACUAAGAGUAGCCUCAGUGAGGAUUGCGACACGCACAGUCUGGCGAGCGACGGUAUCGACCUGGAUAAAAAUCAUUCAGACGUCGACAUCCUAUCAAAUUGCGACACCAACCGCAAACUAGGCUCUAGUGCCAACGAAUACGACACUUGCACGACCACGACUAUAAGCUCUCCCGAACCUGAGGAGUAUACAUACGAAGGCGCCAUAGAGGGUUACAAAUCCAGGAUCAUAUCACAGACCAACAGUAACAUAGUCAAGACUGUUGUGAAUAACAAUUUUAAAGAGAAAUCACCUGACAAAAUAAAUGGAGAUCUUAAUAAAAUCAGAACUACUGUAAGCAACAAAAUCGAGGAAAAAGUUUCGUCUUUCCAGAAUGACAGAGCAAAUGACGCCAAAAAUAAUAAUCCGAGAAAGGACUUACCCAAAGUGGAUAUUCAUAAGCGCAGGGAGCAAUUCGAAAGAGAAAAUUCACAAGAGUCCCAAACAAACAAACCGAAAAAACCUGAAAUUGCAAACAAAAAGUCGAUCAAAGAAAGGUUGUCAUCUUUGGAAAAGUUCACGGAAGAAACACAAAUUCAGAAAUCUACUAGUGACCUGACAAAAUUCCCUACAGAGGUAAAACCUUUGAAAGAACGUCUAUCUUCACUCGAAAAAAUUAAAUCAGGAUCUACGGAAACUGAAAAAGUUAAAAGGCUUUCUAAUGGAGACCUAAGUAACACGAAAUCCCUAAAAGACCGCCUCACCAGUCUCAAAUCACAAACUUCCGAAGAAGAAAUAAAACUGACUAAGACAGAAGUUAAAGAAGUAUCAAUGAGCUUGAAACAACGACUCUCUUCUCUCGACGCAGCCAGGCACAGGGAAAUUCCAAAAAUAUCUGUGGAAGAAGAAAUCGCGAAGUGCGAGAAAAAUGAUUCAAAACUAAAUGAAUCUAAAGAAAAUGAGGGUUCUUUGAAGACGAGCUUGUCGGGCAUUGAAAGUCAGAUGCAAAAUUUCUGUCGUUCUCUUGAUAGUUUGGAUAUUAAUGGACAGACCUCUCCCAAUUCCUUUGAAAGGGUUCAAAGUUUGGAAGAUUUUGAUUGCGCGGAAUUGCAAAAUAAUACUAUUUCAAGUGAUAUCGAAACUGAAGACAGCGGCAUUCAUACGGCCAGAGACUCUGCCCCUGCAGACGACAUUGCAGACCUCACCCAAGUGGCUUCACCUUUAGGAGAACCCAUGGUAGAAAUCUCCGAAUACGAGUCUUCUAAUGAGGAUGGAGUUACAUCCAUCGAACCCACCAGGACUGAAGAACCAGUUGAAAUAAUAUCUGAACCAAUGCCUAAGGUUCAAGAUAUCAUUAUUGAAGAAGUAGAGGAACAAGACAGUAAAACUGAGAAUACUGAUAGCGGCAGUAAUUAUUUGCAAGCCGUGUCGCAACCUGAGGAACUAACUGUUACUGAAGAUAUAACAGAAAUUCAAAUGGACAAAGAAGACGAAGACACGCUUAAGAGUUUGGACAAUCAAGACUCUAGUGUAAGUUUGAAUGAACCUGUAUCGACUGCGUCGGAAGGCGACACAGUGGUGUUUGAAGGAAAGAUGACAAUACAUGUGAAUUUAAAUGAAAUUUGCAACAAUAUCAACGCUGGUGCUGGGAACACUCCUAAUUCUACCAAUAUUAAUCCUACUAAUGUUUCUACUAACUGCAAGAGCAUGCCAAUGGUUAUUGAUGCGCUGGAGUUGGCUUUCAAAGAACUUGAUUCUGAAGGCACCAUUGUGAAUAGUAGCGCAAUGGAAGCCACUAAAGACAACAUAAAGAUGAAUGAGACAGAAAUCAAAGACAUACAAGAAGAACCAAUUGAGUUAGAGCCAAAAAACAUUGUCGCUCCACUUUAUGAAAAUGUAUUCUAUCAGAACUCCGCGGAUGACGCAGCAGCAUUCGCUCUAGAUCUGCCUACGAAUGUUCUGGAGCCACCUAAAGAGAAACCACCGCCGCCACCCACAGAUGACAGUCCAGAAGAAGAUGAACUUCUUGGAAAUGGAAACUUUAAACAUACUAGUUCGGCUCGCCGCAUCAAGAAAGAGAUCCGGAACAAACGCACGAGUUUCCUCGGCAUCGAAGGUCAGGUGGACGACAGCUAUCUCGACGUCGACCUCACACUGGUUCCCCGUCCAGACAUAACUUCAUUUUUGCAAGAGGAAACUAAGAUCGAAAGACUGCUAUACAAGAAAACUUUGUCUCACGAUAUGGACACUAAGCUGAGGGAAAGCCGAGACUCUGGUGUGGAUGUUGACAGAGGCCCAUCAGCUGAAGCAUGGUAUAGAGGCCAGUCUUCCCCAGAGAUAUCGAAUCCGCACAGCAGACAGAACAGUGAGCCGUUUACCCACGUAACGGUGACGUCAGACGAAGAAGAAGCCGCCAAAAAACAAAAAGAACAAUCUUUCAAUACUAACCUGAACACCAAACUGUCUCACCUGUCGGAAGCGACCUCUGAGCUAGACGAAACUAAAAUUGAGACCUUGGAUAAAAAACUACAACAACAACAGGCAAAUCGCACUAACGAGGAUUGGCCUGAUGGGCACUUUGACGAUGCUCAUACCAAGGAAGUACUGCGAUUUGAGAGAGAGCUCCUACAGUUAGAGCAAGAAGAACUUCGGAGGCAAAGAGAAAACUUACUAAGAGAUCAGACGAGGAUUAUGCAGAAGUCAGUGCAGGAUGUGUCAACUGUACUGGGCACUCCUGAAAAGCCACCGUUGCACAGUCGCCCGACAAAGAGCCCCAACUACAGGCACUCUAUGCCUAAUCUGUUGGUAAACGAAAGCUACACACCAGUAACACCUACCAUUCCUGAAAGACCACCCUUCGAUGAGAACAUGAAGCGAAAACCUUUUGUUUCUGAAGAACACAUUCAAAGACACUUCGGCGUAGAAGAAAGUAGGAAAAUCCUCUACGAAGAACGAUCGAAGGUCCCUGAAGUGAGGAGGCAGGUGCCAAAUGUUGUAAGGCCGCCACAGUCCAUAUUGCCUCCUAAACCACGAAGUCGAGAGUCCAUUGAACGAGAAAUUACUAUGAGGAGCAGUCGUGUGCCGUCAGCAGUGGAAUACGUGAACGUGGAUAGAACCACAGUGCAGUUGCGACAGAAACCCGUCCACACAGCUGCGGGUCCUAACGUUAACAACGGGCAAUAUCAUCCUAUGACUAGACACACACUACAGGCGUUGAGUGCCGCGCCGACACCCAAGCUCAUAUCGAACGCGGACUGGAUGCAAUCACGCAACCGUAAACCAGCCAAUUACAACUAUAAUCAACAUUGGCUGAUACAGGAAGCAGAACAACGACGAAUAGAAGAGCAGAGGAACAAGUUGCGGACCAACCAAAGACAUUCUUACCAUCAAGAUAUGGCUGCGCCGCCUCUCCAUAAUAUGCAACCUUUGAGCACUAGCCAACAACAUUUGCCACAAGAGAUGAAGCGGACGGUGCGACCCGAGGUGCCACGACCCGAACCUCCCCGUGAAGACAAGCUGCUCAGCGUCAGUGGACGGAGGAAAUGCUCACAUUGUGGCGAAGAACUUGGUCGAGGUGCAGCCAUGAUAAUCGAGUCGCUAUCACUUUGCUAUCACGUGUGGUGCUUCACGUGUGCCGUGUGCGGCACACGGCUAGGCGACGGCCGCGCGGGCGCCGAUGUGCGCGUGCGUGGAAACCGCCUCCACUGCCACCAGUGCUAUUCCGGCGACGAUGGCAGGAAAUACUCUUGCGUCUAAAACCACUCCUUAGAGGGGACCAUACAUGAGUUGAUACAGUACUAUGUAAAACUCCUCGCUGUGUGCACGUUGCCUUGUCUUGUACACGCGAACAUCAAAUCUGCGAACAAGAUUUUCAUCAGCAUAAAUGUUACGUGCCAAUAAAUAAAUGUUCGACCACAUGUACAUAGUCAGGAGUUACCAAAUUGAUUGGAUUGCUCAUUUUAGGCGGAAAUAAAUCCCAUAAAGUUGCGUAUACUAGGUACCACAAAGUUGUGGUUAGCAAAUACAGCAUCUAUUUUUACAUGACAUGUUUCUUUUAUAAAUCUUCUGGCCUUUGGAAAUAUCGUUUUAAAAUAGUUCAAAAAAAAUGUUUUUUUUUAAGUAUGCGAUCGUAACGCAGUUCGUCAGAUCAUCCAGCAUCGCAGUGACUGCAAACGAACUGCUUUUAGCCCAACGAUUGUAUAUUUUCUAUGAAUAAAUGAACUGCAUCAAUAUUAAGUGUGGAUUUUGUGUGAUACAAAAUAUUAUAAAGUUUAUUUUAUCGGCUUGUGACUCACCCACGGAUAGUCCUUAUUUGUGCGAGCCGUUAUUGCCAUUACCGUGAUAGGAAUCUAACACGCCUUCUGUCAAUUAGUAUAUGCAUGUCGUCAAAACGUCACAGCGACUCAGCGAGAUUCUGAGUCGGCUAUUGCACGCUUUUGUUUACAUCACCUAAAAAGUACAUGAAAUGCACGGAGUACCCAACUACGAGUAGCACUAUUUUUUGAUGAUUUUAUAAGCUUAGCUAUAGAAUGCACUUGCACUUACGCGUAUGCGUCUGCAGUACGAUCGUCGAUUCCAUUUCAUUUUUGUGCCAUGUCAUGACGUUAUUUACCUAAUAAAGAAUGAGAGUACAUUUACCAGACGUACCAGACAAAUAAUUUGUCAAUAUAACCUUUUACUUUCUUAAUUUGUACCUAUUUUAAGUUUUUAGGACUUUGUUCUGAAAUUACAUAUAAUUGGUAACAAGUCUUCUGUGUCUAGAAGUGUACUUCUUAUAAUAUUAAAAUGUAACAUUUUGUAAAUAAUUCUUAAUUUAUGAUUUUAGUGUGUGUUAAAGUUUAGCUUUAAUAGUGAAUAGUUUUCAAUACUGUAGUUUAUAAUACAAAACAUUUAAUCCAAAAAUGUGUACGAAGAUUAUGUUAUCGUCAAAGUAUUUCUUACAAUCUUAACAUCCCUUACUUAUUUUCUAUAUGGGCACCUUAUUUAAGAAGUUUAAUAUUUUAAAGGCCCUAAUUAUGACCAGAGCAGUAACUUUGUAGCUCCUACACCAGAGCAGUAACUUUGUAGCACCUACAUAGGGGAGGAAAGCUGCACCUAGAUGUGGUACGCGUGGAGUUGAUUACAUUAGUAACAGAUAUUUCUUUUGUGAUUCAUGUGGCACUAUGCACUAUCAUUAUUGUAAUUAGUUAUUGAAUGUGUACAUUAUCUAUGUUGAUAAGUCGAACUGUAUAACAAUAAAUAUUACGAAUA